CGGGGCUAAUAGGAAGUGGGAUUCUCUCUCGUUGAGUUUUGGUUGAUCUGAUUAGCUGGUUGCGUCCCCGGGUAGUUUGUGGGUAACUGUGGUAGCGGACCGAAGACUGUCUUGUGCCUUUCCUUGGUGGCUGCUCUCCAAAGAACGAACCUCUUUUUUUUCCUUUUCUUCUGGAGACUUUGAAUGGGACGGUUUCAGAAGCCCGGCAUCUCCUCGAUGGGAUGGAUUACAGCUCCCAUCUCAGGCUGGUUGGCUAAGGAUAAUGGGAGGUGAUGUUCAGGGCACUAUGCUUCCGUCUCUGCACUACCUCUGCCAGCGUACGCUGCAUAUACCCAUAGCCAGUGUGGGUCUGGUACGUAAAUAUUUAUCCUGGGAAAACGAGCAGCGGUGCAGAGGACUGCUAGAGAAAUCCACUGUCCGGUACAAGAAAGAAACUAUGAGGGCAGCUGUGCUGGUAUCACUGUGCUCCGUGGCUGGGGAUCCAGCGAUCCUGUACACUCUGCGUUCAAGCACUCUGACCGGUUCAUACAAAGGGGAAGUCAGUUUCCCAGGUGGUAAACGUGAUGACUCUGACCAGGAUGCCAUCACCACAGCACUGAGGGAGACCCAUGAAGAGCUGGGCAUACAGUUAAAGGAGGACUGUGUUUGGGGAAUCAUGAGACCUGUUCCUGAUAGGACUAAUAUGAUGGUGGCUCCUGUACUAGCAAACCUGGGGCCUUUGGAGAACCUGACACUGAAACCUAACCCCCAAGAGGUCGAGGCUGUCUUCACACUGUCUUUCUCCCACUUGCUACAAGAAAAGAACCAGGGCUACACCCACUUUUGCCGUGAUGGGAUCUACUGCUACACAAUGCCUGUCUUCUUGCACGGUCCUCACCGUGUAUGGGGACUUACAGCAAUCAUAACAGAGCUGACACUGGAGUUGCUAGCACCAGGAAAAUACCGCAGGGUGUUGAGGGUCAGCGCUGACUUUUGACUCAAAUUCACACUUGGAUCUCUUUUAAGAUCUCUUUUUGUUUUCCGUAUAUUUGUCAAAGGACUUUAUAGAAUUGAUGAUCUCAUCAGCCAAGUGCUGCUCCUUUUUCUUAUCAUAAGAAUCUUCAAAACUCAGGCCUGCUCAAUUCUAAAUAACAAGAAGAAAGCAGUUUCUCUCUCCAGCUCACUACCUCAGAUGACAACAGUUACAUUAUUGGCACAAAUAAUGACAAAACAUCUAUCUGUUGUUGUUACCUGAAUAAACAAGGACACUUGAAACCUUAUGCAGGUUUCUGUUUUGGCAGGUAUAUGUAUAGUACAAAUAAAACAUAGGUUUUAACCUCAAAGAGAUCCUAGACCUGCAUUCUAGGCGUGUUUGUUUCGUAAUGGCAAUAACUUCAUAAAUGGAAUGAUAAAAGGAACAUUUGCCAGACAAAACACUGAUCUUUAAGGCACCCAAAUAAGUGCCAUCCAGGUUAGGAUACACAUUUGUGAAUGAAUCCAUAUUUCUUUCACAUCUCCACUAUUUCCUUAUCAUGUGAAAUUUCUGUUUAGGGCUCUGCCGAUUUAACAAAAUCUGCAUUUCAAGAACAGAUGUAUAUAAAUCUAAGUUGUAUGCAAGAAAUAGUAUAUAAAUAUUUAUGUUGUUAAAUCAGAAUAAACC